AUCCAAAUCUACUGGUUUUGAUAUGUUCAAUACGGUGCAGCAUUUCUCUGCGGUAAAUUGCUGGCUUAAAUGCAUGCUGCUUGAACCUUAUAAUCAGACAGACCAUCCAAAAUGCAAGUCGAGGCCCAAUAGUGGUCUUUCUGCAAUUUCGGAGUUGGACUCUGGUUAUAUAACAGCAGUUGGCUAGGCCUUCUCACCCUUUGUUUGGCCCAGGCCUGCAGUCACUUGGCUUAAGAGCCGCCAGUUGCUAGGGUUAGGGAGAAGAGCUCCAGGUGAGGAUGAAGAUUGGGGGCUCCUGCGUCUUGUGCUGGACGGCGGCGGCGGAACGGCUGGGUCCAAGUCUUGCGCUCAUGCGUGUGGGGGCUCUGGGCACGGCUGAGGCCAUUGCUGGCCGCCGGAUCGGCAAGGGGCAACUAGAUUAGAGGAGAUUUGCUACCUUGAGAUAAUUGGGAAGCAUUACUUAGAUAUUUUUGUUCACCUUUUUGUUGUUGCAUUGAAGUUUCCAUAUUUAUACUCAUCAUGAAAUGUUCAGCAGAACUGGGGCUAAAAGAGGCAUUGAAUUGUUCGUUACGUUGAGAGAAUGUUGUAGUCUUCAGAAAGUUUUAAUAGUUUUUUUUUUCUGGAGAACACUAUCAAGCUCAUAUUUUUUCAGUAAUACAACUUACAACGUUCAGGGCAUUAAUUUUGAUCAGCAUAAAUAUUUACCUGGUGGCACAUUUGUAGCAUUAUUUAUUCUUACCAGAUCAGGUAAUUCUGUUUCUGGGAAGCCUAAUAAUUCCGGUGGUGAUGGAACGGUAUCCUACACCUCUCUCUCAUGGUGCAAGAAUUGGCUUGGUCCAAAAGUGAACAUAACAAGGGCUCCACAGGCAGAACGUGAUGGUUCUGACUUACAAACAAGCAUGAACAUUGAGCACCAUCAUAGCCAGGAUAUACUCCCAAACAUGACGAGAGCUCCACAUGUGAAGUACAUAACCUACUAUGAAGAUGCUGAAAGUAUUCCAGUAUGGAGAACAGCAGUAUGGGAGCUUGAUAAAGCAAAUCACAGGAAUAUUGUUAGGAUGCCAGUUCUAAUGCGUGAGUUGUGGCUUGAAAUGUGGCAUGAUAUGCACUUUGAUUCGAAAUCAAAAUUUGUGACGAAAGCUUUCCGUGGCCCAUUAAGAAACGAAGAUUGUCGCUGGGACUAUGCAAAGGCUCGGUGUGGCUUUCCAGAACACCGAAUACAGGUCUGCAACCUAGUUUUCCACUGUUUCCAGCAACAAGGACAUUUUGACAUUUUCUACUGAUGUCCAUCUGGAAAUGAGCUCAGACUGAAAAAUACAUCAACUAAACUCCUUCAACAGUAUCUCUGAAGUAUGUUGCAUUAGUGUUAUUUCUUUUGCCCUGUGAAGUACCUGGCAUGUUUUAUUCACAUGCUGCAGAUGUUUUGGGCUGAGUAAUUUUGUGGUUUGUCGCUCACAUGGGAAUGAUAUUUGAUUUCCCAUUCUUAAUCGGCGAUGAAUUUAUUCGGCAUGGUAGAACCACGAUGAAUUGGGGCCCAGCCAAAAGUAGGUCAAAUCGUACUCUUAUGGGCAUUUUGGUACUCUUAAUCUUUGAAGCUGGUAUAUCCAGGCUGAAAACGACACGUUUCAGUACCUAUUUGUGGGUGAAGAUGGAAGCUAUGCCAUUUCCAGGACCGUUUAGUUUUUUUGUUAACACCAAAUCUUGGUAGCCAUGUGUAGCAUAAGUAUUUCCAAUGUGCUGAAAGGGCCAUGAGAUCGCACUGAUUCGUAUAGUAAACACGAGUUUGGCUAUCUGAGAAAUCAAGCAGUAAGAAAUUAAUGGUCAUGAAGAACGGUACGUACUAUUACCUGUCAGAAAUUGUACAGGUCUCAAUUAAUCACCUUAGACGUGAUUUGUCAUUUAGGAAAUGAGUGUUAACCGCUCAACAAAUAUUAAGAAUUGAUUGAUGCGAUGCAUCUCUAGUGUGAAGUUUGCUUGAUGUCAAGGUGUGGCACUUGUUACGGAUUAGCUGUGGCAUGAGGAGUAAUGUAAGUAGCUGGAUAAUGUAACAUUUUCCGAAAAUGCUUGACUCAUUUGUUUCCGUAGAUCGCGAUGCCUGUACCGUUCUGCUGUGUAAUUUACACCGUUUGAUUUUUUUUUUCUGGGAUA